CAACUUUACCCAGGGACACGGAAGGAGUAUAUGGCAUACGCACCAGUACAGGGUCACUGCAUGAGGGAUCACCGCCGACGUCUACCCACAUAGCGAAGCGGCAAUGUUAAUCUCCACUCUUUACUAUUUCAACAUCAUGAAAUUUGGACAGACGAGGCUGAGCACAAUCCACGCGGGUACGCAGCCGAGUUUCGCGCUCGGAUAACGCGGGGGAGUUGGGCAUUCGGGCAGUUAGUUUCCAAGGAGGCAGUGGGACAAUCAUUAAAAAUCACAAUGUGACAACGAUUAUGAACAUCGUCGCCGCUUCUGUAAACGCGCUCCAGUGUCUCUCCGAUCAUCACGUUUUCUUACAGUGUGACAACAUAUGCCAAGAGCGCCUCACACAGCCAUAUUGACGUAGCCAAGACAAUGAACCGACGGCAAGGCUUUCCAGGCAGGUUGCUUGAUGGGAAAACUUCGCUUUUUAAUGUUUGAUGCCAACAAUAACUUCGCGGAGCUGAGAUCUGAUGGGUGUUUUUGGUAUUCUGCAUCUCUGGCCGCUAUUUUGCCAAGAAGAAUCCUAAAAAAGUAGCGUAAGAGGUUGAUGAAAAUAACAUUGGGAUGCGCUUCCUGCGGAUAGGAAAGUAACAUGGGGCGACGGAACAAAGUAACGCCGGGCAUCCCACUUCGUUGUCUACCAUAAUAGCAAUAAAUUUCCUCUCAGCCUCGUCGAACCCCGGAUUAGGAAUUAUAUUACCCAAAAGCGUCGCUGCAUUUCUUGACGCCCCCCAACCGCUGUAAAAUCUUGAGGCGGCAACCAGUAAAAGAGAAGCAAGCUUUGGGGCAGUACUUGCUACUUAUUACAGUCUUUUUGCAAGGAUGGGAAACUACGACAGCGACUCCUCUGAUGGAGGGGAACAGGAUUAUACCGAGACCAACGUGCUCCUGGGGUACGCUUCGAAAGAAGCCUCGGAAUCAGAUGAUGUGAACAGCUAUAUCGGAGGACGACCUACCUGGCUCUCCCCCACCACCCCUCCCUCCGCCUCCCUCGCCCGCUGCAAAAUCUGCUCCGACAUGCUCAUCCUCCUCCUCCAACUAAACGGCGACCUCCCCAAAGACUUCCCCGGCCACGAGCGCCGUCUCUACGUCCUCACCUGCCGCCGCAAAACCUGCCGGAGGAAGGAAGGCAGCAUCCGCGUCCUGCGGAGUCUCCGCGUCAGCGAAGCCGCGGCGGCGAAGGAGGUCCAGAAGAAGGAGGAGGUGAAGCCGGCACCAAAACCAGCAGCGGGGCAGGGGAAGGUGGUGUCAAAUACGAUGUUUGGGGAUAGUUUGUUUGGGUCGAAAUCGACGGGUGGUGGUGCGUUUGGGGGGAACCCCUUUUCUAGCCCAGGAGGUGUUGGGGGGGCAAACCCUUUUUCGACUGCUGCACCUGCUGCUGCUGCUGCGAAUCCAUUCGCCACGUCGGAACUGGCGGCGAAACCACCACAGAAGCCUGAUGCUGAUCUCCCCCAAACAUUCGCUGCAGCACUCUCCCUCAACGCUCCUGCCCCCUCCCCUCCUACCCCCGCGGAACCCUGGCCUGUCGAUGCAGAACUGCCAGCACCAUACCCGCUCUUCUACCUCGCCGACGCCGACUACGAGACGCUGGACAAAGACGAGCCUGAACCGAUCCAAAAGCACGAGAUGCUAGAAAUGGAAGUCGAAGGCCCAUCCGGCUCCUCGGGCGGAAAAGAGGACAAAGACGUGUAUGAAAGCAGUAUCGACACCACGUUCCAGAAAUUCGCAGACCGGCUCAGCCAGAACCCCGAACAAGUGAUCCGAUACGAGUUCAAGGGGAGCCCGCUGCUGUAUACCAAGAGCGAUGCGGUUGGGAAGCUGCUUGGCGGUGGAAGUGGGAGUAGUAAUGCGAAGGUGACGGUGGGAGGGGGCAAGAUGCCGAGGUGUGCGAAUUGUGGUGCGGGGAGGUGCUUUGAGGUGCAGUUAACUCCCCAUGCUAUCACGGAGCUGGAGAGCGAGGAGGUGAGUCUGGAGGGUAUGGAGUGGGGGACUGUGAUUGUGGGUGUGUGUGAACGGGAUUGUCAGGCCCGCGGUGUGGAGGCUGGUGAGGUUGGGUAUCUGGAGGAGUGGGCGGCUGUGCAGUGGGAGGAGGUGCCGGAUAAGAUGAAGGGGUAGAGAGAUGUGUGGAGUGAGAGGAGGCCUGGAUAUGAAGGGGUAGAUGGAAAUGGAUGGGGGUUCUCAGAACCGCGCUGGUCAGUCUUAGAGCCGCAAUGGCGAGAAUAUCAACGUAUUCACCCAUUUUGACUCUCCUUCACACAGCUGAUCCCCUCGAGCUGUGAGGGAACUGCUCGCUACCUCUCCUCAAGGGUGAACCAGGCGCGACCUGGUUGACACCCUCGAGGGUUUGGGUCUCGGCGUGGUUGCGCCCUAACACGCCGCUUCGCUCUGCUUCGCACAAAGAAGCUAUUCACAAACAAAACACCCCCUUUCAUCCACACUCCUCAACCCCCCAAAAAAAUCCCAAACUCCAGCAACAAAAGGCAGAUCUUCAAAGCCAAUCCUCAAAGCCAAACGAUCGUAUCUUCUGAUCUUUGGCUUCAGGGAUUGGUCUUUAAACCCAAACAAUCUGUUCUUCAAAGCCAAUUCUUCAAAUCCAAACAAUCAAUCAAUUCCUCAAACCCAAAUCUUCAAAGAACCCAAAACUCAAAAAUCCAAUCAAUCAAUCAUUCACCAUGGACGAACCAUCUGACGAUACAUCCUGCCCCCCUUGCCAACCUAACGGCACCGACGCCGCCGCCACGCAGACGCCGCACAGUGACGCCGUCGCCAACAUCCUCGCCACUACCCCGGAUUGGCGUACGCAAGCGGGUCCCUCCCCAGC